CAGACAACCACACAGCCUUUGCGUUGGCUGCAGCCGCGACAGCACAAUCCCUCUUACGUUUCCCUCAGAAUUUGUGGCCUCCACAUUCUCCCGCCGAAUUGAUGAACCAGAUGCCCCAGUGGUCUGCUGAUUUAACUCCCAUGAUGAUGGCAACUUGGGCCGCUGCAAUGGCAGCGGCAAUACCAAACGCAGGACCACGUAACACAUCUGAUGGUAGUGAGAUUCUCACCAAACAAGGUCAUAAACAAACAAGCACAGCCUUCAACGGUCCGGGAUGUCGAACACCUACUCCGGCAUACCCACCUCAAGUAUCCAACAGCAACAACCCGCAUGUGUUAUCCACAACCCCUUACAAUACCAACCGCCCUUCUGCAUUUCAGAAUUUGCCGCCAAUCUUUACUGCAGCCGUAGCUGAAUCCGCCUCAAAGCUAGCAAGCAAUUUUACAAACUUACCUUCUCCCAAAAGUGAUCAUAAUAGGCUAUCGGGAGUUUCCGCGGCACCUAAGAUCUGGGACUGGAAAUCAAGGGAGGUGUUUUCGCACAUACCCAAGCCAACGUCGUUUCAGUCUUUUGAUCCUGACACAACAAACAUCGCCAGCGAUAUCAGAAAAGCAUUCCAGUCCUCGUUUUUGAAUCAAGUGCCACCAGAGCAGUCAUCUAACCACAACCCUAAUUCAAGGAAAGAUAAUUUCAUGAUGAGACACACAGAUGGAAUAGUUUCCCCGAAAUCUUCAUUAAAUUCACUACAUGAACGACUCACGUGCCUAGUUUGCAGCUGGGAGAACAAGGACAAUAACAGCGUGGCUGAUAAAAACAACUAUGACCCGUCUCUGUUACAACAUAUGUCACAUACUUGUCGGUCAAUAACAGGAAACACACCACAAGCUUACCACGACAAAGGAAAACAGUUAAAUGGACACAUGAGCCCAUGUGAUGCAUUGACAAAUUCUGGAGGAGGACCCUUGACAGUCAGCCAGAGUACAAUUACUGUGAACUGUUCCCUUACACCCGCUACUUGUGAUAUACCGGGAAUUCUAAGUAGCCGAACCCCACCCAUAUUGUGUCCCCCUUAUCAAAUUAGCCCCUGUCUGUCGGCUUCACUAGGAGAUUCGAACGCCAAAUUCUGCAAUGACCUAUCCAGCCAAAAAUCGCACUGCUCACCAUCGGAUGCCAAAAGUGAUUGCUCCUCUCCGCAGUCCGCUAAGAGUUGCGCCGCCAAAGACAAGGAUUCCAGGCGUCGUCCAUACGCACAUAACGGCCUAGCCAUGACGUUCGGUGGCGAACUGACAGUUUACCGACAAAAUGGUGAAGAUCGCAGUGUCUCAACUUCAGUAAACAAGCGUGUAUGCACACCCGUCGAAUCACCAACCGUCCAAGAACAGUUUAGGACGCCUUCUCCAGUUCCGUCUUUGAUGGAGCACCCGUCUAAUACUGCUUCUGAGUGUAGCUCAUUCGAUCGACGCAAGGAUGACAGCCCUCGAACUACUGUACAGCCCCCGCCAUCCCUCUCACCGUUUUGGUCCACGUGUCUGUCCGGUCAACAUUCCACUCACGCACCAGCAGAAAUUCUGGGUUCCGAUGUCUCUUCAAUUCAUUCUGCCGGUGAGGGCUUCGGAGUUCAUAUUUUACGGCUUGCCCCUGGACAAGAGGUUCGGAGCUGCUUGUCUCACUACGUACUGAGCCAUCAUCUGGCUGGGGCAUUCAUCAUCACAUGUUGCGGCAGUCUUACAAAAGCUCAUAUACGUUUGGCCAAUUUACAAGAAAGUGAAUUGGAAGGCCCCUUUGAAAUUGUUUCAAUGGUGGGUACUCUUGCGAGUGAUGGACAUCCACACCUACACAUUGCUCUGGCCGACUCGAACGGUCAGGUAUUAGGGGGUCACGUGUUGGGGUCCUGUCAAGUGAACACAACAGCCGAAAUCGUCCUGGGAGCGACUGGCGUGGAAAUUAGAACAGCGGAUGAAGUCCGUUCCAACCCUUCCCAGGAAAUUGAAGAGGGCGUUCCAGCAAAGAAACGACGUGAAAAUGACGUCUCUAACACUGGAAUACGCCUCAUCCGAAGAGAGGAUCCUCGUACCGGGUUCAAAGAACUAGCGGUUGAGAAUAUAGCUGAUCGAAUAUACUCCGACUAG